AACAACAACAACAGCAACAACAAACCUAUGGCCCAUCUCAAGUUCAAACCUAUGAUCAAUCGGCCCAAGCUUACUACCAAUUCCAUCAGUACAAUCAAUACCUUCAACAACAACAAUACCCAUAUUACCCCCAAGAUUACUCAAAUGCUUAUCAAUCUCAGCAAGAACACACUUCGAUUCACCCUCCUGGUGUUCCAAUUGCGCCUGAAUCAACACAUGUAUUGGGUUCGCAACAAGGGUUAGGGCAAACCCAUGUUCAGAAUCAGCCGAUUCCGUAUUACCCACAAGAGGUUGCGAAGCAGCAACCACAGCAAGUGUUGGAUUCGUCGAAUUUCGCUGUGAAUAGUGGAGGGUUUGGACCGAUUGGGCAAACUCCAUAUACAGGUGGAGGUAGAAGGGGUGGUAGACCAUUUAGAGGGCGUGGCUCAGGUCUCACUUUUCGUGGUAGAGGACGGGGUAGGGGUCGUGGUGGGCCCUUUCCAGCACGAGCUAACAACCCAUCAGCAUUUGUGCAAGGAGAAUCAUCAGGUACCGGUCAGGCACCGUUUGCUGCAAAUGCUACUCCAGUGUGGCCACCUCCACGUAUGGCAUGGUGUGAACUCUGUAGGGUUGAUUGCAACACUCUUGACAUUCUCGAACAGCAUAAGAACGGUAAGAGACAUAGAAAGAACUUGCAGGUAUAUGAAGAGUUACAGAAACUCAACAGCCUCCUUGUUGGGCAGAAUGAGCAAACGACCGUUGCUGAAGUGAAACAAGAAGUUCCUAUUCAGCCUGAGAAAGUCAAGGGAGCUGAGGAUAAACAACCCCCACAAGAUAAUUUGGCUUCUGGAGCCGUUACUGAAAAUAAAGUUGAGACUGAGCAGAAAAAAAUUUCAGAGGAAGCAGCAUCAACAGAAGGUCGAGGGCUUGGUUUCAAGCGUAAGAUGAGAGGUGGGCGGGGUGGUAAGUGGAUGAGAACUCAUGAAGGGUCGAGAAGACCAGUUGAGCCUCCCAAACCCAAACAAGUCGUUCCCUUGGUAUGUGAAUUGUGCAAUGUUAAGUGCGACUCGCAGGUGGUUUUUGAAAGUCAUUUGACUGGUAAAAAGCAUGUUGCGAACACAAAACGGUUUCAGGGCCACCAAGCUAUGCUCGGACAAGCAGCACUUCAAGCGCUUUACCCGGCACUUCAGGCGCUUUAUCCAGCGCUUCAAGCACUUUACCCACCUAACCCUGAUGCUUCAACUUCCUUGGGUCCUCAAUCUUAUCAAGGUGUUCAUGAUUCUCAAGGCCUUUUUAAUCAGUUGGCACCUUUGUUGUUUCCUCCUGGCCAAGCAUCAGCACCUGGAGUGGUACCCACAUCGGGUUCAGCUCAACUGUCCAAUUCUGAGAGCCGGGAUCAUCAAGAUCCCAAGCCUGAACAGUUACAAGUCGCAUCAAAGGCUGGGAGUGAAGAUGCUGCUAUGGUGGAAGCCAAAAGUCAACAGAAACCCAUCUCAGAUUCUCAAUAAAGCCUGAAGCUGAACCAGUUGCGAGUGCCAAGACUGAAUUUGAAAAUGGAACGUCAGAGUUUGAAUUGGAGGAUAAUCUUUGCACUGAUAACUUUAUUAUGGAGCUGAGCAAGUUCUUUCUGGCAUAGCAACGGACAACCCUUGCAAUUCCGGACUGUGAGAAUGCUCAUCGUUUUCAUUCUUUUUUCUUUUCUUUUUUUUUUCCUGAAUAUAUUUUGUAAGGAUUUUCUUCAGUAAUUAAUAUUGUUGACCAUUUAGGUUAUCACAAUUCUUUUGGAAUGUGGGGGUCUCUGAAA